ACUGACAAGAAUGGCCAUUUUUAUACGUAGUACUCUUCUUCUCUAGCUUAAUAAGUUUAUGUAUAAAAACAAUCAGAGGCCAUGGUUAGUUCUCAAAAACCACACAACACAACAAUCUCUUCUGUAUAGAGUAAACGAUCCCCCCAAAAACUCUUUUUCUAUUUAUUUAUUUUUAUCCAAAACCCAAUAACUCAAAAAAUCUUCAAACCAUUAAACUGGGAGAAUCUUUACCAGUAAUACAAUCCAAUCUCAUUCGAUAUAUCCUCAUAAUUUUAAGGAAUGGGGAUCUCCUUUUCAUGCCCUUUUGCUGCCUAUAGUGAUGUGGAGACUGGUUUAGAGUCUAUGAUUGUAAACUCCAUUAGCUUUGGAGGUGAACAAGCAAAAACACCUGUUAGAUCUGUUAGUUUCAACAGUACUGAUUUGGAACCAACAAUUUUGAAAUCCAUAGGCUCUGGAAAGAUGACAUUAGAAACAUCUGUUAGCUUUAAGGGUAGAGAUUUAGAGAAAAUGAUCUUAGUUAAGGUUCCUUCUUUAGAGAAAGAACAGAAUAUGGCCAUUGUGUCAUCAACCAACUCAGAUAGGAAACAGUUAGAUUCUCAAUACUCGAAAUUGGAUAGUCCCAUUGGGUUGAUUAAAUCCUCAGUUUCUGAUCCUGCCAAUACCAAACACAUGGCUGCUCUUAAGCUACAAAAGGUCUACAAAAGCUUUCGAACCAGACGAAAGUUAGCAGAUUGUGCUGUUCUUGUAGAGCAGAGCUGGUGGAAGCUCUUGGAUUUUGCUGAACUCAAGAGGAGUUCAAUAUCAUUUUUCGAUAUUGAGAAACAUGAAACCGCCAUUUCACGGUGGUCUAGAGCAAGGACCAGAGCUGCCAAGGUUGGCAAGGGUUUAUCAAAGAAUGAUAAAGCUCAAAAACUUGCUCUACAACACUGGCUCGAGGCGAUUGAUCCAAGACAUAGAUAUGGACAUAAUCUUCACUUUUACUAUGAUAAAUGGCUUCAUUGUCAGAGUAGAGAACCUUUCUUCUACUGGCUUGAUAUAGGAGAGGGAAGAGAAGUAAACCUCGAGAAAUGUUCUCGGUCAAAACUUCAGCAGCAGUGUAUCAAGUACCUUGGUGAUAUGGAAAGAAUGGCCUAUGAAGUUGUUCUGGUAGAUGGAAAAUUUUACUACAAGCAAUCAGGGGAACAGCUUCAUACCACCUUAGAAGGCAGCGAUGCGAAAUGGAUAUUCGUGCUCAGCACAUCUAAGGUCUUGUAUGUUGGAAAGAAGAAGAAGGGUACAUUCCAGCAUUCUAGCUUUCUUGCUGGAGGGGCCACAACCGCUGCUGGGAGAUUAGUUGUCGAAAAUGGCACCCUAAAGGCGGUUUGGCCACACAGCGGUCAUUACAGGCCAACAGAACAAAACUUCAAUGAUUUCGUUGCGUUUCUCCAGGAAAACGAUGUUGAUCUGAAAGAUGUUCAGACGAGUCCAGUCGAUGAGGAAGAAGAUGCUCUUAGCAAGCAAAGAAGCAGUCUUCAUAUGCGAAGCAACUCAACCGAGGAGGACUUGUCUCCAACUCUUGAUGAAGAGACUAAUGCCGAAGCAUUGGCUCAAGCUAAGCCAGAUUCAACCGAAGUUGAACUACAGAAGUCUAAGCGGGUCCUCAACCUUAAUACCAAAUUGGCUAAUCUUGAAAUUCCAAAAGGAAAACAAAUGUUUGGGAGUUUCGAGUGUGAGAGCGAGGCUGCUGUUUUGAGCGUUGAUGAACAAGAAACACCAGAAGAAACCUUUUCUUCAGACCAGGAAUGCUUGAUACCAAAAAACAUGUUUGUUCAAGACCACGACGAGAAUGAAGUAGAAGAAGUCCCCGAAGAAUCAAUUCUUAAGCGGAUUAACUCGCGCAAAGGAAUGAAUUCGUACCAAUUGGGGAAGCAGUUGUCUUGCAAAUGGACAACGGGAGCAGGACCACGAAUUGGUUGCGUAAGAGACUAUCCAUCCGAGCUUCAGAUUCGAGCUCUGGAGAAAGUGAACUUGUCCCCGAGAAGUGUUGCUCGUUCUCGAUCAUAUUUCUCGCCUAGGAUCAUUAGUGGUAUGAGUCCAAAGGUCUCAACACCAACAGGGUGCAGUAGUGAAGAAAUGGCAGAGAACUCUUCUUUAGGAAGUGCUGCACAUUCCUCCCCAUUGACUAGGAAAGUAUCAACACCCAUACUCACUAAUUUGUCAUAAUUUUACAGUAGUUUUCUUAUUGGUUCAUUCUUUUGUUGUGAAUAGAGAAGAUGGUAUAGGAAUUCUUUAUCACUCUUUUCAACUUCAAUUAUGUAUACACACAACACAUCCUUUUUUUUUUUUUUUGUUCAUUCAUCUUGUAGAAAUUAAGAUGAAAAUUUUAGAUUCUGGGGAAGUUUUAUGUCCCAUUUAAUACAACAGAAUAUUCAUUUUUAUCAGAAA